GACAGACCCGAGCCCAGGCAGAGGCAGCACAAAGAGAGAGAAAGAGAGAGCCAGGAGAUACAGCCAGCUGGAGCAUCACUGUCCCCUUAAACAAACAGCCUCAUCACAGACACAACACCAGACCUUAAGACCGAUCAAUAACCCAGUGGAGGUGAUAAAUCCAAGACAAAUCUUCCUACAGCAGAGACGAUGCCAGUCAAUACCGUCCUGGAGAAGAGUAACGGUGUGGUGGUGGGAGCUGAGCUGACCUGCAGCCUUCGGGAGGAGAACAAGGCUCACAGGGAGAGCUACAGCGCUGACUGGCAUAGUGUCAGUCUCAAGACUCAACCUCAGGACAGGCAGACAAUGAACAUGAAUGACGACUCUCGUAGGGAAACUCUUUCCCGUCAGUGGCAAGCCCGUCCGCUGAAACAAAUCUGCCCCUCUGGUGUCUUCAGAGUGGGCACUGUGGAAAGAGGGGUGAGGGAGCACCAGCUGCUGCCAAAGAGAAAAACUCUCCCCUUGCCGAUCUUCACCCCCGCAGAGUUGGGUGUCAGGCUUGGACGUGGAGCCCCACACACCGAGGAGGACCUGCAUACCUUCCCCACCCCAGACGGAGUCUGUCCUAGCAAGAGGACCGUGGACGAGAUCACAAGAGACCUCCCCCCAGUCAAGCCAACCCUCAUGGAGUUUUUCAAAGCACCCAGAGACCUGGGUCGCUCCAUGUCUCAAGAGGCCCAGAGAGGGUGAAAAACAAAAAGAGAAAGAAGAGUUGUUAGGAAGGGACAGGAUGGGUGACAAUUGGGAAGGAGUAUGCAUUGAACUAUGUGUGUCAGGAAAGA